AUGAGUGCCCCCAACACCGAUAAGCCAUCAGGCAAGAACUGGACCCGUGUCGCCGAUGCCUACGUCAAAGUCAUCAACGAGAAUGAUCUCCUCAACCCCGUCGGCGCAGCAUGCAGCGAACUAUUCGACGUCGUGGACAAAACUCUCCCUUUUGACCAAGCCAGCUAUAUAAUGGAUAUCGGCACCGGGUCUGGUCCUUUGAUAAGCAAAAUCCUAACCUCUCCGAACCAAGCUUCUCGGAUCCCCGAUACGGCUCGCUUGGUCGCAGCAGAUAUCGCGCAAGGCCUUCUCGACAAGCUGGAGGAGCGCAAAGCUGAGCAAGCGGAGAAAGAUGCACUCUGGAAGCGGCUCGAGGUGCGAAAUUGGGACGCCAGAGACCUCAAGGAAGCCGUUGGAGAUGGCGAGGUCAGCCAUCUACUAUCCACCUUCGCUUACUUCGCCUUUGCGGACGAUGAGACAGCGGUAGCAGAAGCCGUCCGGAUCUUGAAGCCAGGCGGCUUGUUCGUCGAGACAUCUAUGGGCUACACCGAAUGGGGCCACCUCCCGACCUUCCUCGAGCAAGUGCGGCCAGGACUGUCCAUACCAGGUCCCGGAGCGCAUUGGAAGUCCAUCGAAGGGGUCAAGCAACAUCUCGCCAACGCCGGGUUCGUCGACACACAGGCCAAGGAGUUUAAGAUGGGGUUGCCGUUCGAGACGCAUGAGGCUGUGGUGCAGUUUGUUUUUGAGGCGUUCCCGUUCAUGAAGGGGUUGACUGCUGAUUUCGGCGAGGAGGAGGUGGCGAGGGGGAAGGAAAUGAUGUUGGAGUUUGUCAGACAGAAGCAUCCUGAAGUGCCGUUGCGGUUGGACGGGACUGGGUUGAUUGGGUGGGGGAGGAACAGCAAAAUUUCGCCGAGAUUCAGCCGAAGCUCGCCCGACCGCUACGUCAGAAAGUGCCAGUGUCUCACGUCGAACACUCGUCGUCCACGGACGCAAGGUUCUACGACUGCUACGGAACAACACCACACUCUGCCACAGCAUCAAUGGACCCCACGACCCCAGCACUCCAACACAAUGCUGCCAUCCGACGACUGCGACGACUGUGUACCGCAGUACCUUAAGCGACAGCUGGACUCGGUCCCGCCUUCGACCAUUGUCCUUUCUUCUUUGCCGUUCCUCUUGACCUGGAUCGCGACAGCUGUCAUUGCACAGCGCCGGAUAUACCCUGUCCUGUCCUCGGAUGUACAGCAGAAGGAUGCAUUGCCGGUGUACAACAAGAGCGCUGGAAAGGCUCAAGCGACGGACAAGUGGGAUGUAGUCAGGAAGCCUUCGGCGCAGAGUCUGAGUGGGCUGGUGUUUUCAACGAGUAUUGGACUGUCGGCGGUGUUGGUGGAACUACUGUUAUGUGAAAUAUCGAAUACGCUCAACCCGGCGGCUCGCGGUCUGGCACUGCGAGUAACCCUUGGCCUACUACUGGUUCUGAGCGGCCUGAUCACGCCAGCCCUUGAGAUCCACGGAAUAGUCAAGGCGACUUCUGGAGGCUCUUCCACCGCGACUUCGACUGGAAGGACGAAGCCACGGUUACGGCUGGCUGCUGAGGUACUGCUGUUCGGAGCGUGGCUGCUGGUCUUCUGGUACAUCCCGCAAACCUCUCUUCUUCGCAAGUCACUGCGCAGUGGCGAGGCCGGGCAGACCAGUGAAUGGAGUUUCACCGAAGCAUGCCUGGAGCGUAUCGGCAUCAUCGGGAUAUCUUUGAUGGCUUCACUAUCAGGUUUCGCUGCGGUGUCUUCUUUGUGGCAGAACUUUGGCGUCCGCCACCGCACGAUCAGAGAUACAGACAUUGCGCGGAAGGAGGCGGGACUGACCUCCACUGAGGAGAUGCUGGCGGCCAAACAGAGUCGCCUUCGAGCUCUGCAACGAAAGAUGUCAGAGAGUGCUUCGGCAUCAGAUCAGGCAGGCUUCGUUGGCCGCGUCAUGGGUUCAUUUCGUGGCAAUCCCGAGCUACAAGAGGUGAAAGCGCUGCAAAUGGAGGUCUCCGGUCUCGAAACCAUGCGCUUCUCCCUUUCAACCUCACUAUCGAACCUCCGCCUCCGCUACAGCGAACAGCAGCGCGCACGAACGAAGGCGGGAAGACUCCUCAACAUCUUCAACACCAUCUUCGCCGUCUACUGCGCCUAUCGCAUCUGCGCGACCUCCCUCAGUAGUCUCCGCCGCUGGUGGCAGCCCAACCACUCCUUUGCCACCAGCGAUCCGAUCAACAACAUCCUCGCCUUGCUCACAACACACUGGGACAGCAACCUCAACCGCGCCGCCUGGUCGCGGCAGAUCAGCUUCUUGCUCAGUGGCGUCAUGCUGCUCGCCUCCUUCAACGCCGUACUCCAGACCUUUCGCCUCUUCGCCCGCUUUGCGCCCGGCUUGCUGCAGCACGCGCAGACUAGUCUGCCGUUGAUCAUCAGCCAAGUCGCAGGCACCUACGUAAUUUCCUCCGCCCUACUCCUGCGCAGCAAUCUCCCGGCCGAAGUCAGCAGCGUCAUCACCGAAGCCCUCGGCGCGCCGCUGGAAGGGAAAUUCGUCGAAGGCUGGUUCGAGAGCUGGUUCCUCGCUGCCGUAGGCCUUACAGCGACUGGAAUCUUGAUCGGCAGGAAGGUUGGCAACACUGAUGAUGCAUGGGAUGACGAUGACAUAGGUAUGGAGAUGGGUUCGAAGAGGAGCUGA